GGCGGGCCGGGCCCGUCCGGUCCGGUCGCGGUGACGUCGCACUGCGGCGAUGCCUUCAGCCCCGCAUCCCGGCGGCCUGGCUCCCUCAGGCCCCCUCAGGCCGCAGCUUCCCCACGGCGGCCCUCAGGCCCGGGCACGCGGCCCCGUCCCUUGGCGCUGCUCCGACUGCGGCCUGCGCGGGCCGUGUGCGGGGGACCAGGCCCGGAGCUGCGGUGUGGGGGCUGCGGGCUGAGGGACGGGUCCCGCCGCGGCACGGGGCGUGGGGACAGCCCUGGGCUGAGGCCCCUCCACGCCCUUUGCCCGCAGCUGGGCUGUACCCGCGGCCUGAGGUGACCCCACCUGGCCAACGAGGACCACGGCCCUCAGAAGAGGGAAAGCCGGCACCGUGCCCGAGGUCGCCCUUGCAAACGUCCCCAGCUGAGGCUGAAGCCGUUUGUCUGCUGCUGGCCUGGCUGCGGCCCGCGCUCAGUUUGACGCUGAGUUCCGUCGCUUUGCCAUGAAGCGCUCCAGCGCCGGCACCUUCCAGGACUUUUACCGCCUGCUGCAGAGCGUGCAUCAGAUCCCCUGCGUGGAUGUGCUGCUGGGCUACACCGACGUGCACGGCGACCUGCUGCCCAUCAACAACGACGACAACUACCACAAGGCCCUGUCCUCCGCCAACCCCCUGCUCAGGGUCAUCAUCCAGAAAAAGGCAGAGUCGGACGCCGGCGUCUUCGCCUCCAACUCAUUGCAGAGGAAGAAGAAGGGGCUGCUGCGCCCCGCGCACUACAGGGCCAAACCUCACCUCCUCAUCGGCAUGCCCCAGGACUUCCGCCAGAUCUCCUCCAUCAUCGACGUGGACAUCCUGCCCGAGACGCACCGCCGCGUGCGGCUCCACAAGCACGGCUCCGACAAGCCGCUGGGCUUCUACAUCCGCGACGGCGUCAGCGUGCGCGUGGCCCCGCAGGGCGUCGAGAAGGUGCCGGGCAUCUUCAUCUCCCGCCUGGUGAAGGGCGGCCUGGCGGAGAGCACGGGGCUGCUGGCCGUGAGCGACGAGAUCCUGGAGGUCAACGGCAUCGACGUGGCUGGCAAGUCUCUGGACCAGGUGACGGACAUGAUGGUGGCCAACAGCCACAACCUCAUCAUCACCGUCAAGCCGGCCAACCAGCGCAACAACGUCAUCCGCAGCAGCAAAGCCUCGGGCAGCUCAGGGGUGUCCACGGACAGCACCCCGAGCCAGCAGACCCCCAGCCCGGCCUCACAGUACCUCAGCAACUACAGCACAGCCGAGAGCGACGAGGAGGGCGACCUGGUCAUCGAGAGCGACGGCGCGCCCCAUUACGGCCCUGCGGGCUGCCCCAACGGGGGCCCUGCUGACGGACCCCUCCCGCCCAGCCUGUCCCCGCACAGCUCGCAGGGCUCUCUGCAGUCCCUGGGCAGCCACGACGGCAGCCCCGGCCGGGGCAGCGUGCGGGAGGACGGCACCCUGCUCACCCUAUAGCCGGACUGCUUGUGGGCACCGGGGCAAGGGGGCCGAGCGGGGCUACCUCUGCCCUGUCCUUGCCCUGGAGUCUGCUCCUGCCAGGCGCCGCCCAUCCGAGCCCCUCACCUCUCUUCUUCCACCCACGUGGGUUUUUUAAUUAUUUUAUCAAAACGUGCAUCAUCAAGUAAUAUAUUGCAAUGGACAGUAAAACCUUUUCUAGAAAACA